AAUCGUAUGGACAUUUGGAAGAACAUCAACUUUACAUUCCCUCUGUUGUCGUUCCAAGUUUCUCCCCAUUGCUCUAUAACGACCACGGCCAUCUUACAAUGACCACCUCACCACCUCGUUAUCGCCGAAAAUUUUUCCCAUCUAUUUUCUCUUUCUCUCUCUUUCGUUUUUGCUUUUUCUCAGCACAGAACCUCCGUCUGCACCCCACUACAUUCUUUGUUUUCUCUCCCGGGAAGUUUUUCUUUAUGGGAAAUUUCCCGGGAAAGAUAAUAAUUCUAUUGUAGCAAAAUUUUGUAUCAUUUACCCUUGAUAUCCUUUCUUUGGACAUUUGGUUUGUCAAUGUCUUAUUCAUAAUCGAAAUUUCUCUUCGGAUUUAGCCCGUUUGGUGGUGGGGCUCUUCAAUAUCAAAGAUGAUGGGAAGUCGCUAUGAGAAUCUGAUUGCUUCAUCUGAAACAUUUGAUUAUGAAUAUGGAGGUAUUGUCUUUUCAAAAGAAGGGAAGGGUAAGAGACUGUGGAAAAAACUGAAAUAUCAACUUGUUGAAUACCACUCAUUGCCUGGGUAUCUGAGAGACAACGAGUUCAUUCUGGGUUACUAUCGGUCAGAAUGGCCAUUGAAGCAGGUUUUCCUCAGCAUUUUCUCAAUUCACAAUGAGACUCUUAAUAUCUGGACGCAUUUGAUUGGGUUUUUUCUUUUCCUUUGUUUGACCGCGUACACAGCGGUGAGAGCUCCAUCGAUCAUGGAUCUUUAUUCUAUACAACAUUUGCAUGACUUUGUGAGAGCAGCUGAUUUGCAGAAAAUUCCUAAAGACCUAAUGAGUUGCCUGCCUUCACUACCCAACGUGUCUGGUCUUCCUAAGCUAAAAGAUAUAACAACAUCAUUGUCUUCAGGGGAUUUUAUAUCCUCAUUUUCUGGUUGGAAUGUACUUGAAGUUCUGAAUAACUGUUUGCGUGAUCGGUUUUCUUAUGCAGAUCAAACAGAUGCCAAUGUUCUGCAUGGUGUAAACAUGGUAGCUCCCAUGUUGAUCCAACCGGUCACAAGAUGGCCCUUUUUUGCCUUCCUAGGAGGAGCCAUGUUCUGCCUGCUAGCCAGCAGUGCAUGCCACCUCCUUUCCUGCCACUCGGAGAACUUAUCCUAUGUAAUGCUGAGACUCGACUAUGCAGGCAUUGCUGCACUUAUCUCAACCUCCUUCUACCCUCCUGUCUACUACUCCUUUAUGUGCAAUCCUUUCUUUUGCUAUCUCUACUUAGGAUUCAUAACAAUACUAGGAAUAGGCACCAUGAUUUUCUCCCUUAUCCCAGAAUUCCAGAAACCCAGAUUCAGAGUCUUUCGCACUACUCUCUUCUUUGGGAUGGGAAUGUCGGGUGUGGCACCUAUAAUUCACAAGCUGGUUUUGUACCAUAAUAAGCCAGAGGCCAUUGAGACCGCUCAAUACGAGGUUGUAAUGGGUGUCCUUUAUGGGUUGGGAGCAUUGAUUUAUGCUACGAGGAUACCAGAGCGGUGGAUGCCUGGAAAGUUUGAUAUUGCUGGCCACAGCCACCAGCUUUUCCAUGUCUUGGUUGUGGCUGGAGCUUACACACAUUAUCAAGCCGGGUUAAUCUAUCUCAGAUGGCGGGAUUCGCAAGGAUGUUAGAUUUGAGAGUCAGUACUCUUUUAGGCCUCACUCUUCCUCUAUGCUGCGGGGUUUAAUUAGGACUUUCAUUUGUUGUUAACCAAUUUUGAGGCAUCCAUUUUGAGGCUCUUUAAUUUUCUAGCUUCCUGUCCUUGAAAGGAGAGAUCUUUGUGGAGAAAAGUUUUCUCUUCUUGAUGAUCGAGCAUUACCCCACUUCUAAUGCUACAUAUGGAUCAUUUGUAGUUGGUUAACUUGGAGGUAGUCUCAGGAAUUUCUCUACAUUGUUUUACAGAAAAAAUACUAGGCAGUUGGUGCAACGGAAAAGUAUGCGUAUCAUAGCUUAAAAAAUCAUAUAUUCAAAAGAGUCUAGCUAAGAGUCGGGAUUACCUUCCACACACGUUUAUCAGAUUCUCAAGGGAAAUCACUAACGGCCAGUUUUGGGAAGCUUGAUGUGUACAACACAUGUUUUCUUUUGGUUUUCAUCAAAGUUAUAUAGAAUAUCCUUUUAAGUUUUCUCCUUCUUA